CUCGUGCGCCUUCCCGGCGAUGAUCAGCGCCUGGCGCGCCGCCUUCCACUCGCCCGCCCUCUGGUUCGGGUUCGUGCAGAUCGCGGGAUACCGCUACGGAGGCGCGUCUCGCCCGGACCCGUCUGCGGACUUGCGCCAAGCGCAGCUGGCCGCUCUCUCGCUGCCGAACGUCGGCGUCUCGACUGCGAUCGACACGGGCGGCCGGACCGGCAUCCACCCGCCAGACAAGCAGACGCCCGCGCGCCGGCUCGCGGCCGCCGCCCUCGACAUGCGCUAUGGCCGCCGCCAGUUUGAGGCGCAGCACCGGCCGCCCCUCUACUCCGGGCAGCGCCUGCUCCGGCGGCCUCUGCUGCCGACUCUACUGCCGGCGGCGGCGGCGCCGGAGGAGGGGGGCGAGUCCGGGGGCGGAGACGACGCAUGCAGCGGCAAGCGCUGCGACGUCGAGGCGCGUGCCGGCCUUGUGGCGAGUGACGGCGGGCAGACGAUCCUCCUCCGCGCGUCCGUCCCGCCCGGCCUCGAGGUCGUCGCCUCGUCCUACGGCCGCGGCUCGUGGCCGAGGACGGUCUUCUUCUCCGCCGGCGGCGUGCCGGUGCUGCCGUGGUAUGCCACGCUCAACGAGACCCGCCCUUGGGUGCUGCCCGCCUCGGUCGCCGACGACCCCGCGGCGCACGUCGAGCUGCCCGACGGGGCGGAGGGGGAGCGGGUGCAGUGAGGGGAGGGUCGGGGCAGGCGCCCCAGGCCCUCGCGACUGGCUAGGGUCGCCUCGCUGUC